AUGGAUAAAUUGUCUGUCUAUUUCAACUAUAAUACUUCACUUCAACAGAGAGAUGUAAUCAAAGCUUUAUUGGGGGUGAGUGAAGUGUACAGAUUUGAAUCAGAUCUUGGUCUCCCUACUCUAGUGGGCCGGAAGAAAUACCAUACUUUCUCGUUUAUUAAAGAUAGAGUGUGGAAAAAGCUUCAAGGGUGGAAAGGGAAAAUGCUUUCAAGAGCAGGUAAGGAGAUACUUAUUAAAGCUGUGGCUCAAUCAAUCCCAACUUAUACGAUGAGUGUGUUUCAAUUGCCUGUCAAAUUAUGUGAAGAACUCCAAGCCCUUUGUGCUCGAUUUUGGUGGGGGCAAGUUGGAAAUGAGAGGAAGAUCCAUUGGUUGAGUUGGGAAAAAUUAACUAGACCAAAGGUGGAUGGGGGAAUGGGGUUCAAGGAUUUACGGCAAUUCAAUCUAGCCAUGCUUGCCAAAAAAGGGUGGAGAUUAGUACAAGAUCAAGAGUCUUUACUUAGCCGUUGUUUUAAAGCACGAUAUUUCCCUAGAAGCAGUUUUUUGGAGUCCACUGAUUCUCCCAAUUGUUCGUUCACUUGGAAGAGCAUUUUAGCAGCCAAGCCAUUGAUUCAGAGGGGGUCUUGUUGGAGGGUGGGUAAUGGAACUUCAAUCCGAGCUCUAAGGGAUGCAUGGAUUCCCAACUAUCCUACCAAUAAAGUGUUACAUCCAGCCCAUAAUGUUGAAGAAGAUUGUAUGGUUGCUGACCUUAUAGACCCGGAUACUAGGUAG